AAUCAACAUUAAAUGAAAUAAAUUCAAAAAUUCUUAAAAGAAACCCUAAUAUUCCCAAUCUCAUAGUGCCACCUACCACUGCGUUCGCAUUUGAAUUCUGCACAAAUUAACACUAAAAACAGUAACCCUUUUGGACAUAUUUUGUUUGUUUAUUUUUUUAGUCUUCUUUCACCUCAUAAAAAUUGAAUCUUUUUUGCCGUUUCUUGAUCUGCUGUUACUAAGUGAGGUGCAAGCUCGGAGAGUUGAAGAGAUUGACAGUUUGAAGAGGUGACUAUGGGUAGAUGUCUCAGUCCAAUACUGCGUCGGGAAUUGGCAAAUCUUGAUAAAGAUUCUGAUAGUCGUAAGUCAGCAAUGAAGGCACUGAAAUCGUAUGUGAAAGACUUGGACUCCAAGACAAUUCCACUGUUUCUUGCCCAAGUCUCUGAAACUAAAGAAAAUGGAAGUGUGUCUGGGGAAUACACAAUUUCAUUAUAUGAAGUUCUUGCCCGUAAUCAUGGUGUUAAUAUUGUUCCUCAAAUUGACAGCAUUAUGGCUACCAUUAUCAAGACAUUGGCUUCAAGUGCAGGGUCUUUCCCUCUUCAACAGGCAUGCUCAAGGGUGGUUCCAGCAAUUGCAAGGUAUGGAAUGGACCCAACCACCCCAGAGGACAAAAAGAGGCAUAUCAUUCAUUCUCUCUGCCAGCCUCUCUCGGAUUCUCUCCUGGGUUCACAAGAAAGCCUAACUGCAGGUGCUGCCCUUUGCUUGAAGGCUCUUGUGGAUUCAGAUAAUUGGCGAUUUGCUUCAGAUGAGAUGGUGAAUAAGGUUUGUCAGAAUGUGGCCGCUGCUUUGGAGGAGAAGUCAACUCAGACUGGUUCACAUAUGGGCUUGGUUAUGGCUCUGGCAAAGCAUAAUGCUCUAAUUGUUGAAGCAUAUGCAAGGUUGUUAAUACAUUCUGGAUUAGGCAUACUGAAUGCCGGUGUUAGGGAGGCCAAUUCUCAGAAACGCUUGCUGGCUAUACAAAUGGUGAACUUUUUGAUGAAGACUUUAGAUCACAGGAGCAUAUUCUCUGAACUUGAGUUGAUUAUUGAGGCACUGGAGAAGUGUCAAUCUGAUCAGAUGGCUUAUGUUAGAGGAGCCUCUCAUGAAGCCUUGCAAACUGCAAAGAGAAUAGCUGCAGAGAAAGGCUUGAAAUCUGACAUUAGUUCUGGUUCUGUUACGGGAUCAAAUUUUGGGAGAAAAGAACAUAAUCGGAGGAGAAAUUUAUUGUGUGCAGGUGACAGACCUCCAACACCCAUGUCACCUGAAUCACAAACCCUUGAAUCUUUUGUGGAAUAUGAUUCUAUGGUUGAGACACCAAUUUCUGUAACUCAGCAAUCUUGUAACACUGAGUAUGAUCGUAGGAGUGUGAAUCGGAAGCUUUGGAGCUAUGAGAAUGGAGGAGUAGAUGUAUCUCUGAAGGAUGGUUUGUUUUCAGAGAUAGUUUCAGGAAGUCCUAUCUAUAGUAAUUCAUAUUCUAAUCAUCAUGAACUCUCUGCUGAUGGAGGAGAUUGCAUGGAUGAAUUUGCAGGGUUCUAUCAGAGAAGCCCUCGAGACAGAGGACCAAGAAGCACUACUCCGAGUCCACAGAGAUGUCGUUCUCACAUUAAUGUUGAUAAUAUUAGCUUUUUUACAACUCCAAGGAAGCUUAUUCGAUCUCUUCAGGAGGCUGAUGAUGUUAACUCAGACUUCUCUCAGAAACAGACUAGAAAGAGUAGAAGUCCUGCCUCAGUCAAAUUUCAGCAGAGCCCUGCUCCAAGCAGAAAAGGCUUUUCGCGUGAAGUGUUCUAUGAUGACAAACAAAAUGGGAACUUAUGCAAUGGAGCUGAGCAAGUUCAAGGUGUUUCUGAAUCAGUGUCAUCAACAGAUGACCUUGGUGGUGCUGACAUGCAAGUGGCUCAAGAGAUGGUUCCAGAAAAUAAGGCUGAAGUGCAGAACCACAGUUUUAAGAAAACCUAUCCGAAGACUGCUUCUAGAUUGGUGUUGGGCCUCAUCUUUUUUCUCCUUGCAGUUUUUUCUAUGCUCAUGUGGAAUGAUGAUCAGAAUCAACGCAAUCAUCUUGUACCAACUUAAUUCAGUCGGUCAUUUAGAUGUACCAAAAUCUUUAGUUUUAGUGAAUUAGGUUUAAAUCAAUCAAACAGUUCUCCAGAUGGUUCAUCUCAAUGACAAUCUUUGGUGAACAAUCCAACCAUGAGUCGGAUUUUUAGCCCUCAAUGGAAUUUAAGUUUCUGUUUCUGAGGUUGUUGUAUCUUCUCUUACAUGAAUCAUGAUUACUUAAUGUUAUCUCAUCAUAGUAUCUUGAUUAUUA